CCGCAGCCCGGGCGCCCGUCCCGUCCGGGAGCAGCAGGUUUCGCCAGAGAGCGCGGCUGAGCGGCUGCCAGCUGGCUGACCCCGGGAUCGAGAGCCCAGGCUCCCAGCCCCCGCGAGCCAGACUAAUUUUGAGAGGAGAAGUGGGGGGCGUCAGCGACAAAGCCCGGGAUCCCCAUCAGGCCUGGCAGAAACCGGAGGGCGGCUCCGGUGCAUGUGUCCGUGGCUCCAGAUGCCAGACUAUGUUUGAACUUUUGGUUCUGCUCAGCACUCUGCCUGCUGGUACUUUUGCGUUUCCUCCUUGCCCAAGAAGUCUCCACGAGUCCACGCAUGCAGGAAAAAACGUCUUUACAUCGAAAGAAGAAGCCAGUGUCUUCAUCCGUAGACGUCUGCUCCACAACAGAUUUGACUUGGAACUCUUCACUCCUGGAGAUCUGGAAAGAGAGUGUAAUGAGGAACUGUGCAACUAUGAGGAAGCUAGGGAGAUCUUUGGGGAUGAAGAUAAAACGAUGGCAUUUUGGCAGGAUUAUUCAGUGCAAGGACCAAGAACAAGAUCAGAUGGUGAGAGAGAGAAGAUCGAUGUUAUGGGACUUCUGACUGGAUUAAUUGCAGCUGGAGUGUUCUUGGUUAUCACUGGAUUAGUUGGUUACUAUCUCUGCAUUACCAAGUGCACAAGAAGAAGACAGCCAUGUUCCUCAGCUGUUCAUGUAAGAACUGGUCGACAUCAUCCAACUAUUAUCUUUAGAAGACAAGAGGAAUCUGCCUUAAGCCCAUCACCUCUUCCCUUGGAGGACUCAGGACUGCCUUCUUAUGAACAAGCUGUGGCAUUGACUGGAAAAUAUGAUGUUCCCCCUCCUCCUUAUCCUGGGCCAGCAAGAGGGUUUAAGGUGUUUAAAAAGUCUAUGUCGCUACCUUCUCACUGAACCCAGCAUCAAUGUGGGAGAUGGACAUUUAUUUGAAGAAGGCGCCAUGACUCGGUUCUCCAGUAGUUUAAAGGGCUGGCUGUUUCACUUCUGUGAAGGUAUUAAGAACACAUGGUUUUCAUGAUGACUGUUCAUUUGCUCCAGAUAUCCAGACUUUUGUCUCUGACAUCAGAAUAAUGAGUGAAUUGGCUUCAUUUUUUUGUGCAGUUAGGAGACAGGCACUAAUUUAAACUUAGGAGUCUCCAGAUAAUCAGCCCAGCUAGAUUAGGCAAAAGCUUACUAAUUAUAAUGUUCUGAAGGAAGAGCAACAUACCCACCAUCACAGAAAGGGUUCUAGACUGGUUGUGUUGAGAACUGAACUAGUGUAAUAGAAGAAUUUCUUUUGCUCUGAGUCAUCUUGGGUCAAGAAACUAAAUAUUUUGUCCCCUGUGUAUUUUAACUCUCCAGAAAAGGAGACCUCAAAAAAGUUUUUAAAUCUCAUGAUGAACCAGUGGCCUUUAAAACAUAAAAAGAAUCCUGAUGACUAUUCUACAUGAAAUAGCACCCAAUGUUCUUUCUAGGUAUUUGUAUUUAGAGAUUAUCUCAGCUAUAAAUUAGUUGGGAGAAGGGGAAAACACCUUUUUUCUUCUGAUCUUCUGAUCAGGCUGCUGCUGUUGGAACUUGGAGGGCAAGGUUACAGUUGAAGAUUUGUUGGCUGGCUACUAUAAUUCUAGUUCCUUCCUAUCACCAAAACAAGGCACUAUGACCCAGAAUCUCUAGAUUCUAUAUGAAUCUGCCUGUCCCAUGAGGAAAUAGAUGGAUUCUAACUACAGAACUGUAUGCUUGGUUCAUAUGGGAUUACUCAGGUUGGAAGUUUUAUUCUAGCUCAUAAUUAAUAGUUUAAUCCAAAAGGGAUAAUUUAUUUAUCCUCUUAUCAUCUAUGUUCCGGUUGAAGAUAUGUACAAUUUUGUCACCAGUGACCCUUUGCAUCUCUAUGGUAUGUUUUCUCAGGCAUUAAGUCACACUUAAAAUUCUCAUUCUGCUCAGUUUCCCUACAAUCUUCUGUUGUUACUCUUUCUUUAAAGACUUAAAGGAACUUGGAUUCUCUCUAUAUAGAUGUAUAGAUGUACAUAUUUUCCCCCUGUGGGGUGAGAUCAAAUAAUAGCAUAUCCCUGAGAUGAGAAAUAUAAGAUUCUAUUCCUUAAAUAUUUGUCAGUUGUUACAUUAUUUUUUUGUUUUAUAUGAUAAUUUACAGUUUUUUAAUGGGGGGAGGCUGCAGUCCCUGUCAAUUUGAUGGUGCAUGCUAAACCAAAGUGGUACAGUUAGUUUAGACAAUAUAAAUCACACAUAAGUUGGAGGGUUUUGUACUCUUGAAUAAUAAGACCUUAUUCAACAUAGGCUAAAGUAAGGUCUUUGCCAUUCUCAACUUCACAAGGCUUUGUACUCUAGGCGCCCUUUUCAGCGUCCUUUCCAUUUUAUGGCCCAUUUGUCACUAACCUAGUUACAAACUCACAGAAUGUCAGAGGUAGAUGUCUCACAUCCUUGUUGUACAGGGAAGGAAACCGAGACCUCCAGAAGGGAAAGCACCUGCCUAACAUCAUCCAACUCAUAAGUGACAGAACCAGGAACUUCACAUUUAAUUUGAGAAAAGUAGCCUUUUCUUUUGACCACACACCGAAAAUACCAUAAAUAAUUAUGUACUAAUUUUACAUAACACUUUUUCUUGCUUUAGUAUAAAGACUUUUUGUAAAACUUAUUUCUCUCCCACAACCUCUGAUUUUCUGCCUUUGACAAUGGAUAAGCUAAGACAAGAGAUAUCCUGCAGGGAGUUUGUGGCAGGACUGAAAUUGUAGCUUUUCUCCAAUCCCUCAUCUUGCUCACACAUUACCCAAUAGUAUAUUAGUGAAAGUGUGUCCUCAUCUGAAAUUGAUGAUUAAAAGAUGCCUUUCCCCUAAGUGACAGUAGGAGUUUUUCUUCUGAAAUUUUUGUGAGUCUUGCCCACUGACACACAAGCUCUAAGUACAAAUUAGCUUCAGAGCCUCU